CAGAAGACGGUCAACAUGGCUUUGUUGUGUCUGUCCCUCUCCAACACAUGCGAUUUUACGGAUGCCGGCAGGAGGCGGCGCUCUGGGAGGCGCAACGGAGCGGUGGAAAUGGAUUUUUUGUAUCUUGUCAAUGAAGGGACGGGUAGGGGCGGGCCGCGUCUCAUGCGCAGGACUUCGCAGUCAGUGGUUGCAGCUCGUUUGCGUUCCUCAUACCGCGCAUUCAUGAGCCCGCGGGAGUUCGUACAGCGAAAAAUGAACUACGACAGUUGUGAAGUUAAAUCAGUGCCGAUUAAACGUGAGGAAGAUCUCGAAUACCCUGAAGACGAGGAGCAGUAUUUCAGAUACGCACCGGUUGAAGUAGACAGACACACGGACACACAUUUUACGCCGUCCUCGCCGCCACAACUUAUUGAUCUGAGCAACGGACCUGAAAGAACAAUGCAAGUAUUGCAACCGUGGCCCAUGAAUGUAUCGUUCGACAACGAUGACCGCGAAUACCAGCAGCCUUCAUUCCAACAGUAUGACCAACAGUACCAAAGACAGUUUCCGAGAAGUUUUUACUUCGACGACUCUAAUUCACAGGACGAGAAAAAUUUCUAUGAUAACCACGAGGUGCCUAAAGUGAUAGAUACAUAUCAUACAUCAUCAGAAGAGCGAAGUACUGAAACGGAAGAACAAAGACGAUCGAGAAAGCGCUCGAAAGCGGCGAGGAAAAAAACUCAAUCUUAUGAAGAGAUGCAGGUUCAGAGAAUGAUGGCCAACGUGAGGGAGAGACAGAGGACGCAGAGUUUGAACGAGGCGUUCGCUAGUCUCAGACAAAUAAUUCCCUCCUUACCGAGUGACAAACUAUCGAAGAUACAGACGCUGCAGUUAGCAACGCAGUAUAUAGAAUUUUUGUAUCAAAUAUUAGCCAAUAGUGAAUCCGCAUCUAGUAGUGACAACAGUAGCGAUACAGGCAGCGACCACGGCAAGUAUUUAGCACAAGAUAAAUUAAGUUACGCCUUCUCUGUUUGGAGAAUGGAGGGCGAGUGGAAUGGACAGACGUGAUGUAUAAUUGUAUA